GCGAGGACAUCGGCUGUUGCCAUGGAAACCUGCGUUAGCUGCCAGAGUUUCUUUAAUAUUUUUACAUAAGUUUAAGCAAACUUUUUUUAUCUUUUUGCCUUAUAAAGUACUGGAAAAUGGAUGAAUUAGUUGGUCCUAAUCUUCAAAUUAUGCUGAGUAUUAAAGAAGGAAAGGGGUUCGAUAAAAUAACCUAUCCGACGAUUAUUAUUGCUACGAUAAAUGGCCACUCCUUGGAGACAAACAUAUUCGAAGCUGAUCCUAAUCCGCAAUAUGCAACUGAUUUGGUUUGGGAAGCGGAUAAAACUGCAGUACGAAAAAUGCGGUCCGCUCAGGUUCCUUUGAAAGUCGAAUGCUUUAUGUUGAAAGAGAACCGUGUAAAAGAAAAAAUAGGAUACUUGCUUUUGAGUGUUCGUUCUGCACAAAUUCUUACCAAACGGAGAGAAGCGACUAUCAAAUCAAAUUGGAACACCUUGUUAGGAUUAAAAAGUGACUUCAAAACGUUGAAACCUGAAUUGUUGAUAUCCUUAACUAUAGAAGAUCAAGAAAAAAAUACAGUUGCGAAGGAAGAUUUGGAAACAAACCGAUCCUCCGUGAAGGAUGCGAUAGUGCCUUGUUUACAAAGAGACGAACGUUUAAUUCAAUUGGGUCCGCCCGAAACUUGCCAAGACAUUUUUCUCUUGAGUAUCACCGCGGGAAUGGCAGCAAAUCUGGAUCUCCUCGCGAAAGAAAAAGUCGGUGCCGAAACUACUUUUAGUUUUUGGUAUCGAAUUCUAGAGACCGAUGUGCAGCUCAAACCCUUCAGAAGCAACGACGCAAGUUCCUGGAUAUUGAACGAGAAGAUAGUCAUAAGAAUCAGAAGUUCAUUGAGUGUUUUGAAAAAUUAUUUGGAGACGAAACCGUUUUUAUUGGUCACGUUGAGGCACAAAGAUUGUACAAUUGGACAGACGGAGGUCAAUCUUCAGCCACUUGUUCCAGCGGAUAAUGUCCAGGAGUUCCUUAAACAUGCUGUAAAUUCUAGCACAGUAUUGUUGGACCAGCAUUGUUUAUUAACGAGUGAGACGAGAAGUGAAUGCGAAGGUCAUGUCAGGAAACCGUACGUUAGUCUCCAGUUAAAACUGCAAUACGUCGGGAUAAAAAAUACAGUUUCGGAAUCUCAGAAGCCGAAUUCAUUGCCCAAUUCGCUUCCUAAUUUUUGCACAACUUCCUCGACGAAUGAUAUACAUUUUCACGACACAGGACAAAUUACGAAUUUGUUGUUACCAAAACCUUCGGGGAUAGAAUCUCAUAGAAAUCCCGGUGGCGAUUUCAGAAGAUGCAGAACAGGUGAGCCGUGUAUUUUCACUUGUGGAAAUAUACAGCAACAGUCUAUGAAUUGUGAAAUGAUUCAGCAACAACCCAGAGUGCAUCCGCAUUCAUCUGAAUUAGCCAAACACUGUUGCAAUGAGUACUCGAAAAAUGUUGAAACAUAUCGAUGUUACUGCUUAAAUGUUCAGCUAAAUAGUAUUAAUUUAAGCACUUCCUCGGAAAUCAUACAUCACGUCGAAUUCAGGUUCCAUCAUCCGAAAAUUGAAAUAAUGUCGACGAAUCAUCCAACUGUGACACUUUUGUCUGGAGAAAAGUUAAAGUUACAAAACAUAGGAUGUAAACUACAUUUUAUAUCUGCGUCGGAAGAAAUUAAAAAAUUGCUUCUCUCUUUUCCGCCGAAAAUCAGCAUUUGUGAUGCUGGAAAAGAUGAGAAACCCUGUUUGGCACUAAUGAUUUUGGAUGUACAACGACUUUUUGGUCAUAAUAAGUUCGAAUGCCAAUACGAAGCGGCUUUGAUUGACUCGGAUCAGAGAAAAAUUGGAGAUCUGGACGUUUCGGUUUAUUUGGAGGAUCAGGGUCCUUAUUAUAGAACAAAAAAAAGAUUAUCAGAAGAUAAUUUAGGUCCGCCGAUUUUGGACGAUAGCUUAGCAUAUAAAAUAGUGGAAGAACUCGAAACGUGGAAAGAAAGGCAAAAGGAAAUAUUCAGAGCAGAGUUAAGAAAAAAGGAAGAGCGUCACUUGAAUCUUCUAAGUACGGAAUGGCAAAUGAGGAGAGACAAUUUAGAAGCGAAAUUCACUUCUAGUGUUGAGCAGUGUAAAGUGUUGGCCAAUAAUCUGAACCACGCGACUGAAGAUUUGCGAACAAGAAGACUUCAAAGUCUCGAGAAAGAAGCGAGGCUCAUGAAAGAGAAGGAGGAACUGCAGUGUAAAUACAAUCACAUGAUGCAGGAGCUCAAGGAAUCGUCUUACAAAAUGCAGGAAGAACUUGCCGUGAAAGUGAAAUAUCUCGAAGAUCAGAAUCGAGUUCUUGAAAUUCAGAUCGAGCCUCUGAGGCGCGAUAAUGAAAACUUGAAGCAAAUGGUGAAUAAGCAGGCCGAGAAGCUUCAGAUUUUUGAGAAAGGAUCCUUAACUCAAGACCAAACAGCUUCCUUGCUUCAAGAAUUGAAAAGUCUCGAAGAAAAGCUGACGAAUGCACAAAAGAGUAAAUCGUAUUUCAAGGAGCAAUGGGGAAAAGCAAUGAGAGAGAUUCACAUGAUGAAAAUGGAAAAUCAGCAAGCAAUUGAAUUGCAAAUCAAAAGUGGUAAAGAGGAACUCAAAAGUCUUAAUCUGGAAGACAUUUUGAAUGCAGAGACACGCGGAUUAUCAACAAAUAGCCAGAUUCUUUUGGGACAAUUGCAGAAGAACAUGAAUACGAUGAAAUCGAAAUCAGGCUUUCUCGAGUGUAAUUCGAAUGAUCAAAUUUUCGCACCAGUUAGUAACAUCGGACUAAAAUCGAAUCGCAGUGCCCCGAAAUCGGAAUUGACGACAAGAUCUGAGGAGCAGGAGGAGAAACUGCGGAUGUUGAUCGAGGAGAGAGAUUCGCUCUUGAAAACUGGAAGCUACACCAUCGACGACGAUGUUAUUGUUAAAUUAAACACUGAAAUCAGAUCGCUCUUAAUUUUUGGCUGACGUAAGUUUUUGCAGGAAUUUUAUAACUAUAGAACAGGACAUUUAAAACUUAUCAGUCGUUUCAGUAUUGUAAAUUACUGUGACGCGAGAUUAGAAGAGGAUAAGAUAUUAUCGUGAUGAUAAUGAAGCCUAAGGCAUUUUAUAGAAUUAAUAUCGGAUAUUUUAUUUGUACAUAUCUAUUGAUAAAUAAAUAAGAGACGGUGCUUUUGUUA